UGUGUGAUGUUCGGUGCCACCUUCCUACGGUAGCGGUGUAGACGGGCGCUUCCUCUGCGCGCUCGCUCCCCUUUCUGCACCCCGGCCAUGCGCCCGGCCUUCGCGGUGGGCCUGGUGUUCGCAGGCUGCUGCAGUAAUGUGAUCUUCCUAGAGCUGCUGGUCCGGAAGCAUCCAGGAUGUGGGAACAUCGUGACAUUUGCACAAUUCCUAUUUAUUGCUGUGGAAGGCUUCCUCUUUGAAGCUGAUUUGGGAAGGAAGCCACCAGCUAUCCCAAUACGGUAUUAUGCCAUCAUGGUAACCAUGUUCUUCACAGUUAGUGUGGUAAACAACUAUGCCUUGAAUCUGAACAUUGCCAUGCCCCUGCAUAUGAUAUUCAGAUCAGGUUCUCUAAUUGCCAACAUGAUUCUAGGAAUUAUCAUUCUGAAGAAAAGAUAUAGUAUAUUCAAAUAUACCUCCAUUGCCCUGGUGUCUGCAGGGAUAUUUAUUUGCACUUUCAUGUCAGCAAAGCAAGUGACUUCCCAGUCCAGCCUGAGUGAGAAUGAUGGAUUCCAAGCAUUUGCAUGGUGGUUACUAGGUAUCGGGGCACUGACUUUUGCUCUGUUGAUGUCAGCAAGGAUGGGUAUAUUCCAAGAGACGCUAUACAAACAGUUUGGGAAACAUUCCAAGGAGGCAUUAUUCUAUAAUCACGCUCUUCCACUGCCUGGCUUCAUCUUCUUGGCCUCUGAUAUUUAUGACCACGCAGUUUUGUUCAAUAAGUCUGAACUCUAUCAAGUUCCAGUCAUCGGUGUGAUUAUGCCUGUCAUGUGGUUCUACCUCCUCAUGAACAUUGUCACUCAGUACGUGUGCAUUAGGGGGGUGUUUAUCCUCACAACAGAGUGUACCUCCCUCACUGUCACACUGGUUGUGACUCUUCGCAAGUUUGUGAGCCUCAUCUUUUCUAUCUUGUACUUCCAGAACCCUUUCACUCUGUGGCACUGGCUGGGUACUGUGUUUGUCUUCAUUGGGACCUUAAUGUACACAGAGGUGUGGAACAACCUAGGGACCACAAAAAGUCAGCCUAAGAAGGACGACAAGCAGGACUGAGGUCUUCCUGAAAGACAGGCCAGUGCUGUGGGCAGGAGGCCUCUGGCGCAGGUCUGAGCAUCAUUUCACUUUGGCUGAUGCUGAACCUAACAGGCUCCAGAGAAUCUGCUGAAGGGCAAGACUUAUCCAGUCUUUCAUGUCUAUCCUGACAAUAUUUGUAGACUCUGAAUAGAUAUCCCUCAACCCUGAAAAGGAAAGAAAAAAAAAAAGCUCCUACUCCUGUACUAUUGAAUAGCCUCUGCAUUUGCUUUUCUGUUUGAUUUGCUGGAACAUUUUAUGUCUGUGGGGUCUUAGAUGAGGCCAUGUUUUGUUGCCACAACAGCCAUUACCCUCCUGGGACAAUGUACUUUCCCCACUCCUGUCACCCCUCUACACCUCAGCAGCACUUUGCAGUCUAUCAAAUAUCCCAGGCACCAUCAGCCACUGAACAACCCAAGGGCCAAGUGAACAAAAAGACCCCAGGAACAAUGAGGUGAGGCUCCCUCCAGCACAAUGGGAAAGAAGCAGUUGUUCCCAUGAGCAGAGCUUUGGUGAUGGGUGAGCUGAAUGCUGGUGAUGCUGGAGUGCACUGGUGGUGGAUCCCCAUUUCCCACACUUUGCUUUUUUUUUUUUAACCCAAUUCAAGAGUCAGAUGCUUUUCUUACCUGUUGCUUUCUGUUCUUAGAGCAAUCCUGCAGCUCCCAAGGCACAUUAGUAAGAAGCAAGUAUUGUCAGUGGAUUUGGGAAAGAGGCAGACUUUUCCAUCCAUCUCACAUGUGAAGCCCAUUAGCCUGUUACUGAGAUGGGGAUGGAAGUGUGGCCGUGUGCUGGCACCCUGCUUAGCACUGAGAGAUAGCUUCCCCUGUGAACCCAGCCAUGGAUCUCAGCUGUGUGGGGAUGUCUGUGAAAGGCUUUAAGGCUUUGUAAUCAAGAGAUGCCUCUGCCUGGCGCUCAGAGUCGCCAGCAGUCAGGUGAUAACAGACUAAGAUAUGUAGGUGUGUGAUAUAUAAAUCAGGUCAAAUCCCAGCUACCAUGGAAAGUUACUCUUGUUUUCCUGUAAGGUAUCUUAUGUUCUUGAUGGGUAUAGGUAGGAGGUUUGUGGGUAUAGGUAUGUGCUUUGGUACAUAUAGAAACAUUCCUGUCUUCUGUUAAUCAUCUCAAUGGACUGGUUUUCCUCAUGUGGGAUAAUGUUGAUAAAGAGGAGCCCUGUCAGAUAGCACAGCUUAUGUGUGACUGAACAGCACUGAAAUCUGUUGAUUUCCUCUUUCUUCCCUUAGUCCCAGAGCCUCAUUACCCUCACCCAGCUACUUCCUCUACAAGUAGCUAACCCUACUCUUUCUGUCUGCACAGAGACAAAGGCCUUUCAUUUUUUAUGUGCAGACCGUGUUCUUAAAUUGAGAUGUGGCUCCCCGUGUCUCUUGGCUCACUCCUAGCUAUUUACCCUACUGUCUAGAGAUACUCUCUGACCAAUCUGAACAACACUUGUAAAGAAAAGUAUCCUAACCACUGGGUCCCUUGGGAAAGCAGUUAAAACUGCCUUGCUUUUCUGUUACAUAAAAUGUAAGUACUGUUUCUCUACCUAAGUCCCUGGAUUUGCAGACUGAUUUGUCUUUUGGAUGUUGACAGCUUCCUAGUCCUGGUAAUGGUCUAUUCUCAAAGAUUCUGAAUUAGAUGUGACCCCAUUCAUAGGCCCAAAAGCUACUUGCAUGAAAUAUAUGGAGUUUCUUGGACUAAUGGUGCUAUAAAUACCAAGUGUUAAAUGUCCCCUUAAAAAGGAAAAUAACAAAAAAUACUUUUUGUCUUCCUGUUUAAGAAUCUGUCCCUAGAGGCUUUUUGACUGCUAUGUUCUGAUAACUCCUAGUAGACUAUAACCUUGAGUAACAUAAUACUACCUUUUUAUGAUGAUGGGAAAGACUGUAAUUUAGAGUUAUUUGAGACCGAUUGAUACACACAGACAGGAUUUAACUGGAUCCAUUGGAUUUUAGAUUAUGGUUUCAGAGUAUGUAUGUAUACUGUUGGCAGUCUUUUUAAAGGAAAUGUAGGGACCUAAGAAGUCAGAGCACACAUACAGCAGAAUGAGCCCCUGCAGGGACAGAGUGCCUGGGGAGCCCGUGAGUUUGUUUCUCUCUCUGUAGUUGGAUAGAUGGAAAUAUAUCUAAUAGACACUAGCUAAAACUUUUUAAAAAUCACUUUUCUGAAAUUUUUGUUGUAAUUUUCUUUGUGUAUACUCCCUGGGCAUGGUACUGUGUUACACAAUGACUUUUUCAUACAAGUAUGAACUGUAUGUUGAGCACAUCCCCACAUUCCCCUCCACCAUCACCUUGCCCCCACACCUGCUAGUCCCCUUUGCUCCCCUAGAGUUUGGCUUCUGUUUCAUACACUAUAUACAUAUGUGAUUUUAUGUGUCUAUAUCAGAUCUAAGAACUACAAAUAAGAGAGAACAUAGGGUAUUUGUCUUUCUGAGACUAGCUUCAUUCACUAUGAAUGAAUAGUGAAUUAAUAUUCACUACUAAUAUGAUUACUUUCAGUUAUAUCCAUAAAAUUAAUCUUUAAAAAAGUUAUUCGUCUUGGCUAACUUUUUUUUUCCAUUCAGAUCAAAAAGAUUUUAAAAGGGAAAAUGCGUCAUUUUAUAGAUCAGACUCAUGCCUGAUUUUUGUAAAGAGAUGUCUGUAAACACCUUUCUUCUUUCUCUGGGUCAGGACUAGAAUUCUGUGCUUCAGAGACAGAACAUAUAGUUUGUUCUAUUUAUAGAGUUUAAGACAUAAAAAAUACCUUUAGACCAAGAGUCAAAUAGCAAAGGACUCUAGCCAGAAGAUGUGGUGUGUAUAUGUGAGCCCACAUUAACUGCUGGAUGUGUUAGGUGAGGUAAGAGGAGAGGUCGGUGGGUGCUGAAUUAUGUUUAAUAUCUGCACCCCUGUUACUAACAUCCUUUUGUUAUGCUAUAAAGAAUCACUAUCUCUUUUAUCCGAAAUGUAUUUUUGAUUUUUCAGUUGUUUUCUUGCAUUGCUGAGGAUGAAACCCAGGGCCUCGUACAUAUUUUGGAUUUUUUUUUUUGAUUUAACUAAAACCACCAGAAAUAUACUAGAUGAGUUUACAGUCAAGUAGCUGUGGGUUUUGUUUCUUUUUCCUUCUUCCCGACCAAUUGUCCAAAGCGCAAUGCUGCUUUCUCUACUUUGCUCAGUGCUAGAAGCAGAAGGAGACCACGCAUGAGUUGGUCUGUGGCCCAGCCCUUUCUGUUCUGGGAGGGGACAUGAGGGUUUAAGGGCUCUGGCAGACACUGCUGUUUCCACGCACCUCAUCCUCUCUGCGGUGUUUUUGUUUUGGCUUUCCCACUUCGUGACUGGACCUCCAGGUUCUCCACUUCCCCGCAGCCCCCUUUCACCCAUGUUCCCACUGAGCAAUACCUGUUAUCGCUGCUUAUGCUUCUGUUCUUUGGGGCCUCUUGCUACUUUUUAGGAGUUUUAUAGGGUGUGAUAUCUGCACAGCAUCAAUUUUAUGUUCCUAUAAGCACUGCUGUUGAGUGUGCUGUGGAUGGGCAGCAUUUGCUGAACACGCACGGGCGUGUGUGUGAGUGUGGAAGGAGAGAGCUGCAUAUUUUUUUCCAGCUCUGCCUGGGGGCUGAAGCUGUUUGCCACUGUUCCCUUCUUACUUGGUUUUUUUAGCCUAGGGAAAGGGAGGGAAAUAUAAAAGGUCAGUAAUAAAUCAAAAUCCACGAAUUAGCCUUGGGUGGUAGGCAUGACCUUCAGUGGACCAGUUAGCUCUACAUGAGCAGGUACACAGAA